CUUUUCUCUCCCUCCUUUCUUAUAGUGCCGCUCACCCUUAGCUUCCACUCUCACUCUCCCCUCCUAUUGUUAUUGGUAUAUCCUUACCAUGCUCCCUCUUUUACUCUGGCCCCCUUGACCUCUUGCCCUACAAUUUAUCCAUGGACAGUGGUCUCCCGACGCCCGCUGGACCGGGCCAGCAGAAACGACCCCGCGUCUCCGAAGAAAACCGCAAACGAGCCGUUCGAGCUUGUGAUGGCUGUCGCCGUGUAAAGGAGAAAUGUGAGGGAGGAGUACCUUGUCGCAGAUGUUUGCGCUAUCGUCGCCAAUGCGUAUUCACCCAUCCCGACCAUGCGGAGAAGGUCUCUCGGUCCUCGUCGAUCUCUCUCCUCGAACGAAAUGCUGGUCUCAGUCGACAGAAUUUGGUGGACUCGGAACGAAUUCGGCACAUGGAACGGAUCCUGCAGCAUUAUGUUCCGAACAUCUCCUUCGACAUUCAGUCCCUUCGAAAGACCGCCGAAGAAUUAAAGCACAGGCAUCGUCACUCAUUCACCGAAGGGAGUCCUUCGGUCCGUCUUGAUGAAGAAGAUUUUGAGGAUUUGGCUAUCGACGAUGAGGAUUAUGUGGUGAAUGCUCUACCGGACAAUACAACACAGUACUCCGGGGAAUUUUCUUAUCUAAACUUUUCCAUGAAAAUCAGAAGAAAGAUUGAUGAAUGGAUGCAAACAGCUGCACCAGAGGCGUCUACCGAACCAGAACCAUUUGAAGAGCGUUGGCGCGCGACACAGCUCCAAUCGAGUUCCUCCUUAGUGUCGGCAUCGAUCACUUGUCUCCCGCCCCGUUUCGUGGCCGAUUUCCUCGUUCAAAUAUUUUUCAAAUAUGCGCAGACCAAUAAUUUUUAUGUGGAAGAAGACUGGCUGCGAGAGAAGCUAAACAUUUGUUAUACCAAUCCCUCGAGCCUCUCAUCCAAUGAUGCUGGCUCCGUAUGUUCCAUCCUGAUGGUCCUGGCCGUUGGGACACAAUUUGCCCAUAUGGAAUCCGCUAGCCCGGUCAACCGGUCGACAGCCGACCUAUCGUCAAUUGAGGACCAUCAUUUCUCGGAAGAUGAAGUCGGUCUCACAUUUUAUCAGUUCGCUUCGAAGCUGGUUCCGGAUAUCCUUGCCACAGUCUCCAUUCGUAGCGUACAAGCUUGUUUACUGAUCGGGACCUAUCUGUUACCUCUCGAUACCUCAGGUCUUUGCUACACUUACUUCGGUCUAGCCCUUAAAAUGGCCAUCCAGAAUGGCAUGCACCGGCGGUAUCAGGGUGAGGGGCUUUCCCCUCGCAUGAUUGAGGUGCGCAAUCGGGUUUUCUGGACAGCCUACACCAUUGAGAAACGUGUCAGUAUUCUUCACGGGAGACCUGUAUCCUUGUCAGAUGCGGAUGUGGAUGCCGCAAUGCCAGUUGAUUUUCCUGGCUUAAACCUGAUAGGACAGGUGUCAAACCACACCAAUAUGGUGACCUUGAUCACUUUGACUCUUAAACUUGGUGAAACCGCUAAUGAAAUGUAUGUGCUCAUAUUGUUUUCUCUGAUUCAAACAAAUUCUAACGGCCGGACUAGAUCUCUCUUGCGGAAAUCCCGCAAGGCUCAGCAACAGGACUGUCUCGAACGACUACUCAACCUGCGGAAGAACCUGGUGGAUUGGUGGGGUACAUUACCUGAAGUGACGGAUUGUCGAGACCUGAACCCCACGGGGCCACUAUUCCGAUCCAAUGUUCACUUGAAGCUAGAUUAUUGUCUGACUCGCAUCUUUAUUGGACGUCCGUUUCUCUUCAGCAACAUGAAGAUCCUCAAUCCAACCACUCCCCAAGCCGCACCGUUUAAGACACCUUCAGGUGUCUCGAAGAAUAGGUCUACGCUUAUCACGGAUUGUGUAGAGGCUGCCCUGGAGAUCAUUAACCUCUGUCAGCUUCUCCGUGACGAGUCAGGUCUCGCUCGGGCGUCUUUCACCGAGUUUAGCUCUUGUCGUGCGGCUCUCCUCGUGAUCCUGGCCCAGAGUUUGACAAAGCGAACCGAGCGGUUGCGCGAAGCACUCGAAAAAGGUAUGGUCUUGAUCAAAAUUAUGUCAAUGGGUGUGGGCUCCGCGCGCUCUGCCGUCAGUGUGAUUGAGACACUUGAGAGAGCAAUUCGCCGCCUCGAAGAUUGGAGUGAAAGACAAGCACCAGACAACGCUGGUUCCUUGGAGUCUGCCUACGAUCGUUUUAAAAACUGGGAAAUGCUCUGGAAAACCGGACCAAUGUCACCUGAGCUUGUUCCUUUCCAGGAGCAGUAUCCAGCAGGAAGAAGCAGCAUCCCCCCCGUACCUGUUACACCAAUGACCGGCACUUCCGGUGGCAACGACCCUAUGGAAGGCGACAUGGCAAAUACAGAAAUCACCACAUUAUCGGAUUACUCCGCCUCUCAUGCGACGUCGCUACCUCAAAUGCCCCGUUUUGGUUUCGAUCAUUUUGUGUCCAACUUUCCGCAAGAAUUGGAUGAGUUUACUGCCAUUCCCUGCUUUGAACCUGAUGCGCAGCAAAGUCUUGCUAGCGACAUAAGCAACCCGGAUACGAAGUGGAUGCAGUUUACCAAUGAUUAACUGGAUUUGCCGUUAGUUAUUGUCCUGAGUGCAUAUUAUGGUUUCUGCGGUGAGGUGCGGUUAGUUUAUAUAAUGCCAUUGAUUUAGCGCGGCGGUGCCAUUUUACACAUGGUUCAGUUAUUGAGGAAUUUGCUGUUGAUAGUAGUCGAUACUCUACCGUCUAUACAAGAUACCUAGAUAGUACAUAUUGAAUGUUUGUUCAUUGAA